UCGUAGCAGUUUCUUUAUUGUUAGUGAGAAAGUUUGUGUUGUGAUCCGUCAGAGCCUCUGUGUGUCCGGAUAAACCUGUCUGAAUGGACUUUGUGCUGUUCACCUUUUCUUUCUGGAUGUUUUACCUCUGACUCAUCUCUUGGUAGACUAUAAACACGUUCAAGUUAGCUUAGCAUGCUAGCUUGUUAACACCGCGACGCUAUUCAGAGUGAGUGUUUGUUGGAGAACAAACUGUGUUUCUGACGGAGUUUGUGUGGAGAAAAAGUUGGUGUCACUGUGUGAAAAAUGUCUAAAGUCCAAACGGUGAGAGCGCUGGUGGAGCAGCGACUGACUGCGGCUGCUGAAGAGAUAUUUGGGCUGUUUGAAAGAACGAUAGCAGAGUACGAGGAGGAACUUUGUCGUUCAAAAGAGAAGAACGAGCGACACCAGAAACUACUGGACGUUGUUUUCAACCCUCAGCUUCACUUACAUAGAGCAGACGUUCAGCAACUGUCGGUGGGUGAAGAAGAGUUGCCCUCUGAGCAGCAGGAGAGGAUCUGCAGUCUGGACCAGGACCAGGACCAGGAGGAGCCAGAGCCCCCACACAUUAAAGAGGAACAGGAGGAACCUUGGAUCAGUCAGGAGGGAGAGCAGCUUCAGGGGCUGGAGGAGGCUGAUAUCACCAAGUUCACAUUCACUCCUGUCCCUGUGAAGAGUGAAGAAGAUGAAGAGAAACCUCAGUCCUCACAGCUUCAUCAAACACAAACUGAACAGAUGGAAACAGAAGCUGAUGGAGAGGACUGUGGAGGACCAGAACCAGACAGGAACCCCAAUCCAGAUCCACAUUUACAACCUGAUACUGCAGACUCUUCUGUACCUGAGACUGAUGACAGUGGUGAUUUGAAGGAGACCAGAGAACCUCAGUCAGGUUUGGACUGUUUGAAAAAAGAUGGCUACCCUGUCAGAGAUUCCUCGUUUCGUGCUGGUGAGAAACGAUUUAGCUGCUCUGAGUGUGGGAAAAGAUUUGGCGACAAGUACGAUCUGAAGAGACACAUGAGAAUCCACACAGGAGAGAAACCUUUCAGCUGCUCAGUUUGUAAGAAAACUUUUACACAGGGUGGAACUUUAAAGUCACACAUGAGACUCCACACAGGAGAGAGACCUUUCAGCUGCUCAGUUUGUCAGAAAACUUUUACACGGAGUGACACUUUAAAGGAACACAUGAGACUCCACACAGGACAUUCAGCAGCUGUCGACUCUUCUGAACCUGAGACUGAUGACAGUGGUGAUUGGAAGGAGACCAGAGAACCUCAGUCAGGGUUGGACUGUUUGAAAAAAGAUGGCUACCCUGUCAGAGAUUCCUCGUUUCGUGCUGACGUCCAACAGCUGUCGAUGUCUAAAGUCCAAACGGUGAGAGCGCUGGUGGAGCAGCGACUGACUGCGGCUGCUGAAGAGAUAUUUGGGCUGUUUGAAAGAACGAUAGCAGAGUACGAGGAGCAACUUUGUCGUUCAAAAGAGAAGAACGAGCGACAGCAGAAACUACUGGACGCUGUUUUCAAGCCUCAGAUUCAGCUACACAGAGCAGACGUCCAACAGCUGUCUGUGGGUGAAGAAGAGUUUCCCUCUGAGCAGCAGGAGAGGAGCUGCAGUCUGGACCAGGAUCAGGACCAGAAGGACCCAGAGCCGCCACACAUUAAAGAGGAACAGGAGGAACCUUUGACCAGUCAGGAGGGAGAGCAGCUUCAGGGGCUGGAGGAGGCUGAUAUCACCAAGUUCACAUUCACUCCUGUCCCUGUGAAGAGUGAAGAAGAUGAAGAGAAACCUCAGUCCUCACAGCUUCAUCAAACACAAAUUGAACAGAUGGAAACAGAAGCUGAUGGACAGGACUGUGGAGGACCAGAACCAGAGAGCAACUCUGAUCCAGAUCCACAUUUACAAACGGAUACUGCAGGCUCUUCUGAACCUGAGACUGAUGACAGUGCUGAUUGGAAGGAGACCAGAGAACCUCAGUCAGGUUUGGACUGUUUGAAAAAAGAUGGCUACCCUGUCAGAGAUGCCUCGUUUCGUGCUGGUGAGAAACGAUUUAGCUGCUCUGAGUGUGGGAAAAGAUUUGGCGACAAGUGCGAUCUGAAGAGACACAUGAGAAUCCACACAGGAGAGAAACCUUUCAGCUGCUCAGUUUGUAAGAAAACUUUUACACAGAGUGGAACUUUAAAGUUACACAUGAGACUCCACACAGGAGAGAGACCUUUCGGCUGCUCAGUUUGUAAGAAAACUUUUACACGGGGUGGAUCUUUAAAGUUACACAUGAGACUCCACACAGGAGAGAGACCUUUCAGCUGCUCAAUUUGUAAGAAAACUUUUACACAGAGUGCACAUUUAAAUGCACACAUGAGACUCCACACAGGAGAGAGACCUUUCAGCUGCUCAGUUUGUAAGAAAACUUUUAAAGUGAGUGGGUAUUUAAAGUCACACAUGAGACUCCACACAGGAGAGAAACCUUUCAUAAAUGUGCUGGCCGUUCAUCCUCAAAGUUUCAUCAAACUGAGGAGAACAAAGAGGCAGAGCCUCCAGCCAGCAGCCCACAUGAAGAGAUGCAAACCUCUUUUUCAAUCUUUUUAAAGGACUCGAGAAAGAUUUUCAAGUCUUUUUUAAAUGCUACAAAGCUUGUAGUAACUUUUGUAAAUAGUUAUUCUGUUUGUAUGAAAUUUACCUACAAUAUAAUUAAACAAUACUUUCUUUUCCAUGAUGAGAUAUGAUAUUAAUUUCUUUUUUGUUUAUUUUGUUUUUUUUACAAAUCAAAAGCUCACAAACUGAUAUUUUAAUUCAAUAUUUGAUUAUAUUAAGUGUAACAAUUACAACUUUAUUUUUUUUUAAAUAGCAGAACA